AUGGGAGCAGUGGCACCUAUUAAGAAUUGGAUUCCAGAAGAUGAUCUUGUGCUUAAAAACGCCGUUGAGGCCGGCGCUUCUUUGGAAUCUCUUGCAAAAGGCGCGGUGCAAUUUUCUAGACAAUUUACUCUUCAGGAACUGCACGAUCGUUGGUAUUCUCUCCUCUAUGAUCCAUUUGUUUCUGCAGAGGCAACAUCUCGCAUGCUUGAGCUUGAGCGUUCUGCUUCAACUCUACAAUCAGGAUCUAAUAGGCCAAACAGUACAAAAGAGACGAAGUGCAGUUCAGGGAAGCGAAAAUCUGAAAGUAUUCGUAAACUUUACUAUUCUAUGCGUAGAAGAAUUUUGGAUGAACAAUUACAAGCAAUGGAUAUUUUUCCUCUUGCUGAACCUGAGAAUUCUAAUAUUGGGGAUGGGAAUGAACAUCCAUCUGCAGAUUGCUUGAUUGGAAAUUCCGUUUCAUAUCAUUUUGGAGUUAAUGGAGGUGUGGGAAUUCAAAAUCGCAUUGAAGAUCUUCCUUUUUCGGGGAAUAACGUGUCUCAGGGCUUUUGUCAUACUAAUAAAGAGAAUACAUCUAUGCCUGGGGGAUUUGGACAAUCUAAAGAAUCACCCGUUUGUGACUUCUUCAUAACUGACGGUUUAGAGAUAAAAAACCCUGAUGUAUUUGGUCAAACUAAUCAGAAUGGAGGAAAUGAGCUUUCUGAAUUUGGAGGCACAUCAUUUCACAGUUUAGGCUAUUCAUCACCGCUGCCUCAAAUGCCAACUUGGAGUACGAUGCACGACAUUUCUGCCUCUUCUCUGCCAGUUCAGCUUGGAGAGAGAGACCAGCAGACAGGAAAAUUAUUUGUGUGUACCAAGGCCAAUGGUGAGAAUAAUACAGAUGCAUCCAAGUCAAAUAAUUCAGUGCCUAACAUGACAAAUUUAACUCCUAGCUCGGAGGACUACUUCGCAGAAUUGACAAGCACUUUGUUUGACUUUUCAAAUGAGGAAGAACAGCUUUUCAUGGAUGCUGAUGGAAAUGACCUGAUAGAAAAGUCUUAUAUUCAUAGUUUCAGUUCACUUCUAUUGGAUUCUCCUAAUAAUAGUGAUUUGCCCAACGUUGUCCAUGAGACUCCCGAUGCACAUUUUACUUUUACUAGUGGUGCACAUAGUGAAGAGUCAGGGAAGAAGGAGCUGUAUCAGAGUUCUAUUCUAUACACACAAAUACCACCCGUGCAAACUGUGAAAGCUGUUGGUACUGAAUACCAUAAUGGAGUCAUAUGCUGCACAUUGAACACCGAGGACCCAGAAAUUCCUAGCAAUGCUGAUGUUUUUCUUCCCUUCCGGUUUCCUUCUCCAUCUAAUUCCUCAGGGCCUAAUUGGAGAGAUCACAAUGCCUAUUAUCUGAUGCCCUCUUCUAUGAAGAAUUUCUCAAAUACAAGAAAAGCAAAUAGAGGACAGCUUCGGAGGAAGAGUGAACGAAAGGAUUCUUGUGCGCCUUCUCGCCUGAUAGAAUCGUCAACACAAACAGAUGCAGGGGCAAAUUAUAGACUUGGUAGUUAUGGGAUGAAAUUUGGGUUGCCAAACAGUAGUAUUCAACUAUCGGCAUUCAAGAAUGCAAGAACUAGUCAAGGUCCUAGUCGUAAGAGUUCAGUGAAUGACAUCAAUCUUGAUUAUAAAUCAGCUGGUCCUUGUUUAGCUAAGCAUUUUCAUGGUCCAGACAGUGUUCAAAGAUUUCGGAGAAGUAUUAUUGGCAGUAUGAAGGAAUUAGAUGCUAAAGCUAAAGUUCCAAACAAUGGAGUAUUAAAUGCUGAAUCAAGUUCCGUACUGCCGCUAGUCUUGCAACCAAUUGAAAAGCCUCUACUGUCGAAUCAGGAAGAGCCUUAUUCUGAGGAUGAUUUGGACGUGCCCUACUUUUCCGAUGUAGAAGCAAUGAUCCUUGACAUGGAUUUGAGUCCAGAAAAUUUUGAUCUACAGUCGAGCCAGGAAGUUCUGUCAUAUAAACACGAUGAAACUAAGAGAUCAAUCAUAAGGCUGGAGCAGACUGCAGAUGGUUGUAUGCAAAGAGCCAUUGCAGCUCAGGGAGCAUUUGCUGUAUUAUAUGGUCGCCACUCGAAGCAUUUUAUUAAGAAACCCGAGGUUUUACUUGGAAGAGCAACUGAAGAUGUAAAAGUUGACAUUGACUUGGGAAGAGAAAAGAACGGCGGUAAAAUUUCUCGGAGGCAGGCCAUAAUAAAGAUGGACAUGUACGGAUCAUUCCAUUUGAAGAACAUAGGGAAAUCUUCCAUCAGUAUCAAUGGCAACGAAGUUGCAUCUUCAAUGAGUGUAACCCUUGCUCCAGGCUGUCUGAUUGAGGUCAGGGGAUUGGCAUUCAUAUUUGAGACGAAUAAAGAGCAAAUAAAGCAGCAUGUUGAUGACAGCAUGGAAGCAAGUUGUUCGCGGGAGUACUAA